AGUGAGAUCACUUCGAUCCCAAAGGGCAAGGGAGGAUAAAAAACGCAUCUUUUUCCUCUUCUGUGAGUUUCCUCCUUGUGCUUCUUGGAUCGAGAUCGAUUGAUUAGAUCUGAUAGGAGAAGGGGGAGAGGAGAGAGAUGGCGGGGAAGGAAUCGUCGUCGGUCCCGAGCACGCCUCUGCUGAAGGAUGAACUCGACAUCGUGAUCCCGACGAUACGUAACCUGGAUUUCUUGGAGAUGUGGCGGCCCUUCUUCCAGCCGUACCACCUCAUCAUCGUGCAGGACGGGGACCCGAGCAAGGAGAUUAAGGUGCCGGAGGGGUUCGACUACGAGCUCUACAACCGCAACGACAUCAACCGCAUCUUGGGGCCCAAGGCUAACUGCAUCUCCUUCAAGGACUCCGCCUGCCGCUGCUUCGGCUACAUGGUGUCCAAGAAGAAGUACAUCUACACCAUCGACGACGACUGCUUCGUUGCUAAGGAUCCCUCUGACAAAGAGAUCAAUGCACUUGAACAGCACAUCAAGAAUCUGCUAUCCCCAUCCACUCCAUACUUCUUCAACACCUUGUAUGAUCCCUACCGAGUAGGUGCAGACUUUGUUCGUGGGUAUCCUUUCAGCCUCCGAGAAGGUGCUCCGACAGCUGUUUCUCAUGGCCUUUGGCUUAACAUUCCUGACUAUGAUGCUCCCACGCAGCUUGUCAAGCCUCGUGAGAGGAACUCCAGGUAUGUCGAUGCAGUUCUUACAAUCCCCAAGGGAACAUUGUUUCCAAUGUGCGGAAUGAAUCUGGCCUUCGACCGUGACCUCAUCGGCCCUGCAAUGUACUUUGGACUGAUGGGUGAUGGCCAGCCUAUCGGGCGCUACGACGAUAUGUGGGCCGGAUGGUGCACCAAGGUGAUCUGUGAUCACUUGGGACUGGGAGUCAAGACUGGCUUGCCCUACAUCUGGCACAGCAAGGCCAGCAACCCAUUUGUCAACCUGAAGAAAGAGUACAAGGGGAUCUUCUGGCAAGAGGAGCUGAUCCCCUUCUUCCAAUCUGUUGCCCUGCCCAAGGACUGCACCAGUGUGCAGAAGUGCUACAUUGAGCUGUCCAAGCAGGUAAGAGAAAAGCUCGGGAAGAUCGACCCCUACUUCACCAAGCUUGCAGAUGCAAUGGUUACAUGGAUUGAGGCUUGGGAUGAGCUCAACCCAUCCGGAGCUGCUGCCGGAGUGGCCAACGGCACGGCCAAGUGAAAGUAGAAUAGCAAGCUAGCCAUAUAUCAUAUGUUUGCUUUCUCAGUAGUAGUGUCAUGGAUUUAUGCUUAUUAGAUGUGAGUCUAAUUUAUACAAUUUUCCUCCCCUUAAUUAUAUUUUGGGCUUUCAUGCCAA